AGAGUUCACGUUGGAGGAUGAUUGUUACAGAUGAUCAUCAUGUCAGCGAUAAGCCGUUGAAAUGAUACCUUCGAUCUCGCAUCAACAAUUCUAUCACCCCCCCCAUUAGUCAUUGCCUACUUGCAAGAUGCAAGAUUUGGUGCAAGAAUCCGGCAAGAAGGAACUUCAUAUAAUUUCAGCCAGUACAAAUGCUGAAGAAGAAGUUGCUCGACUUGCUUGGUAUUUCUUCAAAGCAACAACAAGGCUAUCAAGUGAUAAUGAAGACAUCUUGCCGCAAGAGGACUCGGAAGACAUCAAGCUUUCAGUCUUCACAACGUUUGCAGAUCUCUUCCCAGAGGUUGUCGGCGAUAAUGGUGCAGGAGCUAAGAAUAAGAGGAUGAGAUUACAUUUCAACAAAGUUGGAUAUCAAAUCUAUGGCAAAGAACAGAGCAGAAGAGUUCCUGCAGUCAGAGCAAAACCUGGCAAUCCAGGCUAUGGGUUUCGAAGGGCACGAUGGAGAGAUACUGAGCUUGACAGAGAUGAUAGGGCAAAUUGUCAGAAGAUCCUGAAAGAGGCUGGUUGCAACACUGACAAGAUCAACCAAGUUUGUCUCAAAGUGCAAGAAGUUUGCCGUCUAUGGGACUCAGUUCGGAGGCCUUCGCGUCCCGCAGGGCCCGGAAGGUUGACGAGCUUGACAAAAGACAUUGGAGUUGCUGUCUCUCCUGUCAAGGUAGAUC